AAUAUACGGAGAAGAAGGAGGGUGUACGAGGCUGCCAUUUUAAUAAUACAUAAAUCACUCGUAAUGAGCCUUAUUACGAAAGUGUCAUGAGUGUUCCUCUUUCUAACUUGGUAAAACCUCUUGUAAAAAAACAAGAAGAAUAAAGGAAAUAAUUUGCGUAUACCACAAUUGGACUGCAUUUUGCAAUUUGGAGCUAUAAAUUUUGGCUCUUCUGGAAAGAGUAAUCAUUCGGCUACCAACUUGAAACUUUCCUGGAUGAUCUGACUGUCUUCAAAUUAUCGAACUACGAUCUAGGUAUUUUGCUGCGGCGAAAAGACUCUGUAGGGACGUAAAGCGCCUUAAGCAGAUAUUCCUGUUUAGCAGUUUUCGUAAAAAACUGAAAAAGCAAGAUUCUGAUUCACUAGACAUAACGUUUAAAAAACAAAUUGCAGCGAUUUGCCGGCCACAGGCAGGCUCGUGGUUUUCUGUGUCAUAGGUUCGGCAGACAACAUUAAUUACUUGUUUUGACAAUUACUUUUAUCUAAGUCCCCUCGCGAGGCGCUUCCGACUACUCAGUUCCGCAUCCGCUCACUUGGUUCCAAAUCACCGUUUAUUUUUCGCUAAAGAGCUAAUAGGCAGUGCAUUGUGUUUUAUUCUCUGCCAACCGGCAUCCUUGACUUUUUCCUUGAACUUUUCGAGUGCAGUAUUGGUGUGACUGACCUUUUUGUGAUUCUUGCCCUUUUCUUUAAAUAUUACGACAUUUCCUAAAUUUUGAGUUUUGAAACUUGUAUGUGCUGCUUACCUGACACGUGACAUUUUUCUCUUGUACACAGUGACAAAAAAUCAUAUCGAUUAAGGAAAAAACAGUUUAAUGGAAAACAAAUUACGGUAAAAGUUUAACAUUUUAAAGUCACGAUUUGUCGUCAACCUCUCUCCAUUGUAAAUUUAACAUAUUUUGAAAAGUAAGCCAAAUUAACAUAAAUGCAUCCCGGUUAGACCUAUAAAGUAAAAAUUUCUUUAAAAUACUCAAGUAGCACUUGCCAUUUGUUUAAACUUUUCUUGCGUAUUUUACCAAUUUUUUUCGUUUGAAAAAUUCCAACUUAAUUGUGUUUUGUGGCGUGAGAAAACUGCCUUAUAUCUUUUAUCUUAAAAAUGAAUUGACCUAGAAUAAAGAAUCUCAAGAAAAAUAACAAACAUGAAGCUAUCGGCAUUAUACCUACAGUUGUCAACUCUCCUCCAAUCUUUGUGGAAUUCAGAUUCUAGUUCACUGAAAAAUUCCAGGAUACAGCGAGAGCAGCCGAUGGAAAGUUCUGAGGAGAUUAAAUGGACUCUCAUGCCAGACGGUCGGGGAGAUGUGAGGGUAGCCAUCCUGGAUGGGUUGAUGCCAGGUUCCGAGCCGGACGUCCAAGACAGUGUCAAGUUUUUGCUCUACACGCGUCAAAAUGCAAAGAAACCAGAGGUCGGCAAGAUGAACUCCACGUGUCGGCCCGUCUUCAAGUAUUUCAACUCCAAGAGGCAGUCCAAAAUCCUUAUCCACGGCUUCGGGGACGAUUCGACCUCGUCGCUUAUGUACCCUGUGCUCACAGAGGCUUUCUUGGCCAAGGGUGACUACAACGUGUUCCAAGUUGAUUGGGGCGAGCUAUCAGCCGUGCCAUGGUACUUUUCGGCAAAACGAGCUACGGUCCCUGUCGGUCAGCACACAGCAUCUCUCAUCGAUUACCUUUCUAUGACGAAAAAAGGCCGAGCGGGCGAUUUUCAUAUCGUAGGAUUCAGUUUGGGUGCGCACGCUGCUGGAAUAGCUGCGCAAAAUGUCCAGACGGGCAAUGUCUAUAGAAUUACCGGCUUAGAUCCCGCUCAAGUGAUGUACGGGAGCACGGGAGCAGAGGAGAGGCUUGAUCAACAUGAUGCUCGAAUAGUUGAGAUCGUCCACACCUCGGGGGGCUACCUUGGGUACCAGGACCCUCUCGGCACUCGCGAUUUUUACCCCAACGGAGGCAGCUGGCCCCAGCCUGGGUGCACUUACGACUUUGCAUCCGUAUGCAGUCAUCGAAGAGCGUAUUACUACUUUGGAGAGGCAGUCAAAGACGAGCGAGGUUUCACAGCUGUUCCAUGCCCCAACUACGAUGAGUUCGAGGCAGGACAUUGUCCCAACUCUUCUGCAGUCGUCAUUCUCGGAGAAAAUCCCUCUCCAGACUACUCCGGUACUUUCUUCUUAGAUACGAACCCCGAGCCACCGUUUGGGAGAGUGCAAAGCCUACCUCGAAAAAAGAAGAAGAAUGAAACGGAGGAAAUUUGAAACCCGGCGUGAAGAGAGCUUACCUAACUCAGGAAGAAGACAUAUUUAUUCGAGUUUAAUUUUAAUCAGUUUUUUGGGUCAGCAUGAAAAAAUGCUGGAAAUUAACUAACAAUACAAUUUUUUCAGACAAAA